AUAAACUUUGAUUUGACGUUUCUAUUUCAUAUUAAUCAACAAUUACUUUUUUAUAUCCCAAAAGGUAAUUUUCGUACAAAAUGAAACUCCAAAUCUUCGCUGUUCUCUUCUUGAUCGCAGGCUCCUACGCCUUGCCCUCUUAUAACGAGGGUGUCAUCGUAGUUGGCCAAAAUGAGCUAGCACAAAAAAGUAUCGUUGUUGAUCAAAUCAAAUGGGUAAUUGAACUGAUCAGUAACAUUAUUAAGGGGGUUGGUUUGGACCCCAUUCAAGUCGAAGAACAAAGGCUCGAUAUCGAAAUACCAUUCUUAUUGAAAUUCAAUGCUUUUAUUGAAAACUUCCGAUUCGCCGGUACCAGUGACAUCAAGAUUCACAACCUAGAGUACGAUCACAUCAUUAACAGACUGGACCUCGACGUUUCUCUUCCAGAGAUCGUGUUUGAAGUUGGAAACUCUGGUCUGUACAUCCAAGUCUUAAGCAUUUACGAACUGCUUGAUGCCGAAUUCAAGGGCAGAGUAUCCAUCAACUCGAUCCGUCUCGCUGCUGAAGUCAAUGUAGAUGUCAGUAUCAUCAGCGGCAUUUCCCUACGCAGCCUUUCAAUCGACGUUAGCCUUGGUGGCAUUGAGUCUGACCUGACAUUUAUAGUGAACAACAUUGACGGCUCCGGGAUUCUCAACAAUAUUCUUAACGAAAGAAUUCCCAAUUACCUCAACGAAAACCGGGAACGCAUCAACGGAUACCUGGAAUUCGUUGUCAGCCUCAUUCUCCGCAUCGUCUGGGCCUAAUGUUAAUAUUUUAAAUUAAUUUACAAUCACUGUCUACAAUCAAAUAUAUCAUUGACAUCAUGUAUGUCGCUAAAUUCUAAUGUUUUAUAUUUUUAUACAGAAUAAAAGCUAUUUAGUAAAUGUA